AUGCCCAUUUCUGCCAAUCCCAAAACCCUCUACGACAAGGUUUUCGAGGACCACAUUGUCCACAAGGACGAAAGCGGCUCGUACCUUCUCUACAUCGACCGUCAUCUCGUCCACGAGGUGACAUCGCCCCAGGCUUUUGAAGGCCUCAAGAACGCCAGCAGAAAAGUCAGAAGAACAGAUUGCACUUUGGCAACCGUGGACCACAACAUCCCCACGGUGCCCCGUACCAACUUCAAGAAUGUCGAGACUUUUGUCGAACAGGAGGACUCCAAGCUCCAGGUGAUGACCCUAGAACAGAACGUCAAGGACUUUGGUGUCACCUACUUUGGCAUGACCGACGACCGUCAAGGUAUCGUCCAUGUGAUUGGCCCAGAGCAGGGCUUCACGCUCCCCGGCACGACGAUGGUCUGCGGAGACUCCCACACUUCCACACACGGCGCCUUUGGUGCCUUGGCUUUCGGUAUUGGUACCUCUGAGGUGGAGCACGUUUUGGCGACCCAGACGAUUAUCCAGGCCAAGUCGAAAAACAUGAGAAUCAGCGUCAACGGCGACUUGCUGCCGGGCAUCACCUCCAAGGAUCUUGUUUUGCAUGUCAUUGGUGUCAUUGGUACUGCUGGUGGUACCGGUUGUGUUAUUGAGUUUGCUGGCACUGCCAUUGAGGCUCUUUCCAUGGAGGCCCGUAUGUCCAUCUGUAACAUGUCCAUUGAGGCCGGAGCCCGUGCCGGUAUGAUCAAGCCUGACGAAAUCACCUUCAACUACUUGAAGGGCCGUCCUUUGGCUCCUAAGGGCGCCGAGUGGGACAAGGCUGUCAAGUACUGGAGCACCUUGCAUUCCGACGAAGGCGCCCAUUUCGACUACGACAUCAACAUCAACGCCGCCGACAUUGUGCCCACCAUCACCUGGGGUAACUCUCCUCAGGACGCCUUGCCCAUUACUGCCAAGGUUCCAGACCCAGCCAACGUGGAGGACCCUAUCAAGAAGACUGGUAUGGAGCGUGCUCUUGCCUACCAGGGUCUCACGCCCAACACGCCGCUUGAAGAGAUCAAGAUCGACAAGGCCUUUAUUGGUUCGUGCACAAACUCCCGUAUUGAGGACUUGAGAAACGCUGCUAGAGUAGCCAAGGGCCACAAGAAGGCUGACAACGUCAAGUUGGUGCUUGUGGUGCCUGGCUCUGGUCUUGUGAAGAGCCAGGCCGAGAAGGAAGGUCUUGAUAAGAUUUUCGAGGCUGCUGGUUUCUCGUGGAGAGAGGCUGGUUGUUCAAUGUGUUUGGGCAUGAACCCAGACAUUCUUGAUCCCGAAGAGAGAUGUGCUUCUACUUCCAACAGAAACUUCGAGGGCCGUCAAGGUGCCAAGUCUAGAACCCACUUGAUGUCUCCAGCCAUGGCUGCCGCUGCUGCUAUUAAGGGCCACUUUACGGAUAUCCGUGAGUGGGAAUACGACACUUCUGACGAGCCAGCUAUGCAAAUCGACUCCUCCGGUCCUGAAGACCAGGAUUUGCAAGACGCUGUAUACGAUCACGAAAAGCAGCCUCUCGAAUCUUCCGAGUCUCUUGAGGAGGACAGAAUCAACGAUGUUCCUCAGGAACAAGAAGCCUCCCUCACGGUGGACCCCAAGAAGCCAGUUCCAGCAGGAAUGGACAAAUUCACCGUUCUCUCCGGUAUCACAGCGCCUUUGGACAAGGCCAACGUCGACACGGACGCCAUCAUCCCCAAGCAGUUUCUCAAAACCAUCAAGAGAACCGGCCUCAGUAAAGGUCUUUUCUACGAGUUGAGAUUCAACAAGGACGCCCAGGGCAAGGACGUGGAAACCGACUUUGCCCUCAACGUGGAGCCUUACCGUAAAGCCGAGAUCUUGUUGGUCACUGGUGACAACUUUGGCUGUGGUUCCUCCCGUGAGCAUGCUCCUUGGGCUCUCAAGGACUUUGGCAUCAAGUGUAUGAUUGCUCCUUCGUUCGGUGACAUUUUCUACAACAACUCGUGCAAGAACGGCUUGUUGCCCAUCAGAUUGCCUCAGGAGGUGAUCACGGAGAAAUUGUAUCCACUUGCAGUUGCCGGCAAGAACCUCACGGUGGACUUGCCCCAGCAGCAGAUCCGUAACGCCGAGACCGACGAGGUUUUGGUGGAGCAUUUCGACAUUGAGGAGUUCAGAAAGCACUGUCUUGUGAACGGUCUCGACGACAUUGGCUUGACCAUGCAGAAGGAAGAGUACAUCCGCAAGUACGAGGAGAAGAGAAGAGACAAGUUUUCAUUCUUGGAGGGCGGCUCCAAGCGCAUCACCCCCGUCCGUGGCGCCAAGAAGUCCAAGUACGGACUCAAGACCCAGGAGUGGUAG